GCCGAGGGAGCCCGCCGCGCGCCGCUCUUGACCUCGUGAGGCUGGCAUGCAGGAUGGCAGGACAGCCCAGCCACAUGCCCCAUGGCGGGAGCCCAAACAACCUGUGCCACACGCCGGGGCCUGCACACCCUCCAGAGUCACAGAGGCACUCCAACACUCUGUCUUUUCGCUGCUCACUGGCCGACUUCCAGAUUGAGAAGAAGAUUGGCCGAGGACAAUUCAGUGAGGUGUACAAAGCCACCUGCCUGCUGGACAGGAAGACAGUGGCUCUGAAGAAGGUGCAGAUCUUUGAGAUGAUGGAUGCCAAGGCCAGGCAGGAUUGUGUCAAGGAAAUUGGUCUCUUGAAGCAACUGAACCACCCGAACAUCAUCAAGUACUUGGACUCAUUCAUUGAGGACAACGAGCUGAACAUUGUGCUGGAGCUGGCCGACGCAGGCGACCUCUCCCAGAUGAUCAAGUACUUUAAGAAGCAGAAGCGGCUCAUCCCCGAGAGGACCGUGUGGAAGUACUUCGUGCAGCUGUGCAGUGCCGUGGAGCACAUGCAUUCCCGCCGCGUGAUGCACCGAGACAUCAAGCCCGCCAAUGUGUUCAUCACAGCCACAGGCAUUGUGAAGCUUGGUGACCUCGGCCUGGGCCGCUUCUUCAGCUCUGAGACCACCGCAGCCCACUCACUAGUUGGAACACCUUACUACAUGUCACCUGAGAGGAUCCACGAGAAUGGCUACAACUUCAAGUCGGAUAUCUGGUCCCUGGGCUGUCUGCUGUAUGAGAUGGCAGCUCUCCAGAGUCCCUUCUAUGGAGAUAAAAUGAACCUCUUCUCCUUGUGCCAGAAGAUCGAGCAGUGUGACUACCCUCCUCUCCCAGGGGAGCACUACUCUGAGAAGCUCCGGGAACUGGUCAGUAUGUGCAUCUACCCCGACCCAGACCAGAGACCAGACAUCGGAUAUGUGCACCAGGUUGCCAGACAGAUGCACGUCUGGACAUCCAGCACCUGAAUACAAUUUGCAAUGCCUGGUCAUAGCCAACACCACUUUGCCUUACUUGAGUCCUCUCCCCAAGUGGCACCUGGAGCCCUAUACAGCCAAGGCCAGGGGGGUUCAGCAGACCCCCAAGGGCAGCCGGACCCCCUGCUACUGAGCUCAAUGCAGAGUGGCUGGGCAAUGAUCACUUCCUUUGAACACAAUGUUGUGGACAAUCUGAUCUGGGCUGUUGGCGAGGGCAGGUGGCUCUGCAGUCCCUGAAGCCCCUUGUACUGACUGCAAUGUGAAUCUCUGGCUAGUUCCUUCCAAGGCCUGUCCAGGUCUACACUCACAGAAGAUUUGCAGGAACAGGGUGACUGAUGUGGUGAGCCUUUGAAAAAUGGUUAGCAGCCAGUUCACUUCAAAGUUCUUAGCAUCUUUCCAACCAGGUUGUGCUUUAUCUGUUGUAAAGGGAUAAAGUAGAAAUAAUUGUUUAUAGAGAUUUCACUGAUGUUUUGUUUUAUAACUUGAUGAGUGACAAGAACGUGGCAUUGUGCAUGAAGCUUUGAGAAGCAAAUGGCAUUCAGGAAAGCCAAGAGAGCUCUAUUUGCUCACCAUUUUCUGAACCCCUGCUGCCUACUGGGCACUGUCACCAGCUGUAAUGCUGAGGCUCCUUCAGUGAUCAGUGUUAAGUAUUUUCCUCCAUUAAGAGGCAGGGGCCCACAAGAAAGAUCUAAGGGCUUUGCCCUGAGGCUACUCUUUACAAAUUCUGGCUUUGCAACUUCUUAGUAUGACCUUGGGCAAGGUUAUUAGUUUUCCUGAGCCUUAGUUUCCUCCUGUGCAAAAUGGGACUAAUCUAGUAUUGACUUCCCAGGUGGGUGGCGCAAUUGGAAAUAAAAGAUGCAAGGGCUUGGUAGCACAUGCCUAUAAUCCUAGAGGCGGGAAGGAUCAGAAGUUCACCCUCAGCUACAUGAAAUCCUGUCUCAAAAAAAUAAAACAGCCAUGGUACAAGUUGGCUAGCACAUGGCAGGUGAUCCAAAAGUAUGUCCAGUCACCUUCCAGAAAAUUCAAAUCCAUGGACCGUGCAAGUCAAGAAUUAAAAUUCAACUGUGCUAUGUGUAGGAAAAGCAGAAAUAUGUUCAUUUAUUUCUUGUUCCCAAAUAGGAUUAACUGUGAAGACUAUUUAUAAAUGUGAAUUUAAGGAAACUCAAGCUCUGUAGGAGAUAAGUUUGAAUUUUGUUUCUAUACUCAAUUCUCAAAGGGUAUCGACUUGGUGACAGGUCACUGUCCCUAGUAUCUUGUCCCCAUGCCUCCUGAUGUCCAGACCUCCCCAGGAUAAGGCCCCAACUGGUCAAUGCCAUCUUUGCGCUGAGCCUGUGUUCUACGUGUGGCCACUACUCGGUUGGUAUUCUCCAUGUUUGAAAUAAAAUGGGGAGAGGAACUA